UUUCUUCACAAAGUUUUAUAAAAUGAGCUUGAACAAUGACGUCUUUCACUAAAAGGUUACUAAUUCUAUUUGUGUUGGUGUACAUAGUUCCAUUAUCAAAUUCUAUUCAAAAUGACAGUGAUGUCGAAGGUAGGAUAGAAUUCUUGCAAAGCUCUAUGGCCAGAAUGGAGCAAAGGAUUUUAACUUUAACAAAGACUGUAAACAAACUUUCAAGAAGAAAGAAUGAAGAACACGUAAUGUUUUAUGCGACUUUGUCAUCUGAUACUGUACUGAACAUAAAUUCUAUCGUGAAAUUCAACGAGAUACAGUUUGAUGAAGGAGCCGAUUUCAACUCUGGAGAUGGUGUGUUUGUAUCCCCUGUAUCAGGUGUCUUCAUGUUUGCUUGGACAACACUCACACAUGGCGGAAAAAGUAUAGAUACAGAACUUAGAGUUGAUAAUGUUGUAAAAGCUCAGCAAAUUAUCUCCCUUGGGUCAUCAGCUGGAAGUAUUCAAACUACCCAGUUUGUGAUUUGCAGGGUAAAGGAAAAGGAUCAUGUCUGGAUUGAAACAGGAGCUGGUUUUACCACUGAAAAUUUCUUUGAUCACCUAUUUAAAGGUUCUAAAAGUUCAUUUAUGGGCAUAUUAAUUCAUGUGGUUUGAACUAAUGACAAAAGUUGUGCAAAUUAAAAUAUUAUCAAGACCUUAUUGAAACUUGUAAUUAAAUGGCUGGAUUUUAGGAUUAACUUAUAGCCUUGUAUA